CUCUUUGAAGUAGGCAGCAGUCGGUCCUAAGAGGGAGAUUAGAAGGUACGGCGCACGCCGGGACGAGCGGGUUAAGAAUGCAAAGUUCUGCUUUUUUGGUUCUACAGCACAAAUUGGGUCCAAUGGAAGCAACAGCCUUGAGCCGAGUGGAGAAACCAAAAUCAAAUGAAAUGAUCAGCAGAUCUGGAAACUGGAGGUCUCGGUUAAGCAGCUUUCUGCAGUCUCCCAAUUCUUUUUACAAGCCCAGCAGAGCCGGCAGCAGACCCAAAGCCUCUCACAGGCCUACAACUGAGGAAUUAAACAAGUGGUCUCAGUCUUUUGAAAGCCUGAUACAAAAUAAAUUUGGCCAGGCUAUGUUCCGAGCUUUCCUGAAAUCUGAAUACAGUGAAGAGAACAUUGACUUCUGGCUCGCCUGCGAGGAAUUCAAGCAACUGAAAUCUACGACAAAGCGCGUCAGAAAAGCCAGAGUCAUUUAUGAAAAAUUCGUUUACGAAGAAGCUCCCAAGCAGAUCAACUUAGAAUUCAUGACAAGGGAAGGAAUUAAGCAAACUCUGUUCAACCCUCCGGCCUCCUGCUUUACUGCGGCCCAGAAGCGAGUGUACAGCCUGAUGGAGAACAACGCCUACCCGCGCUUCCUUCAGUCCGCCGCCUUUGAGGAGCUAAGCCACAGGGCCCAGCAGGACGGCAACUUUGAGAGAUCGUGAGUCGCUCGCCGGCGGGAAGAGUCUGGCAGGACUGAAAGGUCAGCCGGGAAAGGCGUGAACGCUUCUUCUCUUCAAUUGCAGCAAAUGAACAGGAAUGCCUAAGGCAUGAGAGAUGGGAAUGUGAUAACGGUUGCCACAUUUGCUCCAUCAGUUGGAGGAGGAGGAAUUUUUUUUGGACUUUUAGGUGUUGGGUGCCUCUUCUAUUGAGUGUGCAGGUUGCUGAAUGAGGACUCAAAAGCAGCCAUGUGGCACACUGUCCGCUACGCCGAGGUGAGCUUAGGCCGUGAUAAAUGCUUGUAAAGAUCUGAAAGAUGGCGUCCUGAGUGGAUGCCUCUGAAAAAACUGAAGUGCCACCUUUAUCAUUGUACACUGGUCAUCAUGACCGUUACGACUGUUACACGAACGGAAACUCUUGAUAGUUCAGAAAUGAAAGGUGCUCUAUUUAUAUAUCGUUCUUUCAUGAAUGUAUUCAGCAAUGUUAUAAAAACGAGGUCAGCAGCCAUCCUGAAACUGUUCACAUCAAAACAGAGAUGCAUCAGUGGCACCGCCAUCACUACACAGCAAUAGUGAAGGGCAGAGGAGUCCACUGAUGGGCAAGCAUCACUGAAGCUUCAUGGUGAAAGCACAAGACACACACAGCAGCAUCUCUUCAAGCUCUCCAAGCUUUGUACACCUGGACUUGGGCAGCCAAGCAGAUCUUCUCGAGCUCCAUUAGACUUAUUGAGAAGUGUAUGUAAACUGCCACCUUCAGUUCAGUGGAAGUGCAGGAAUCGGAAAACUGAGGAAGUGCUGGGACUCGUUGGCAUUACCAUAGGUCCAAAUGAAGGAAAUAUAUUUUUAUAAAAUUGUGUAUUUAUUCGUUUCUUUAAUGUGUAAGAGCAGCAAUGCUGCAAUAUGGUCAACACUAGUUUUGUAAAUAUGCUCUCGAUUCAGUUGUACAUUUGGACAUGUAGAUGUGUAAAUGUUGAAUAUGUACAUUAAAAGAAGACAUUUUAAAAGA